UCCGGCUGCAUCUUACUCUUCUCAAAUAAAAUCACUAUUCAAUCACCUAUAAUCGCUGCCUCCAAUCCCUCUCUACAUACUCUCUAUACCCUAUCCACCCCCUAUCUUUCCAGUACCAUAAAAUCAAAUCAAGAUGGCCUCCGGACUCAUCCUCAACCCGCACAACCUCCUCCGCGCCGCCCCACUCGUCUCAUCCACCUGCACCCUCUGGUUCGCCUUCGACCAAGACCUCGUCCUAAACGUCUUCCUGCACCCGGACCACCGUCCCCGCAGCAACGAAAUCCUACCAUCUUAUUUCAACGUCCUCUUCCGCCGCGGCGUUGUCCGCGUCGUAGGCCUCCUGGCCCUCUCCAUGGCGGGAGGCGGAUACAACAUUCUAAAGGACCGCCGAUCAGGGGUAGUCGCGGGACUCCGAUCAUCCUUGUCGUGGUAUGUAGCCGGCACGGUGCUUGCCGCUAGUCAUCUGCUUUAUGUGCCUGUUAUUGCUCCAAAGGUGCUAGCCAUCAUGGAGGAUUCGUCGAAGGGUUCCUCGACGGAGGAUCUGGAGGGUUGGUUGACUAUUCAUCGUGUAAGGACUUGGACGGUGGACUUUGCGGCGUGGGCUUGUUUUGCGGUUGGGUUGGGGUUGGCCUAGUGGAUUUGAAUUAUGCGGUUCGAUGUGUAUGAUGAAAUGGGGUGGAAAUGUACUCAUGAGUACUCAUGUAAAAUGCGCAAUGAUAUUCGAUGCAGUCUAUAGAUUCGUAUUUCUCUGCGAUCUCCACCGCAUGCCAUAUCCUCGUAUGCACCAGACAGCUGCUGCACCACACACGGCACUCAUGAUGCCAAGGGCGGUAAAAUACCACCCUAGUCCUGCAGCAUCCAUCAGAGGCUGCAGGCUAGUCACUCCUAUUGCUGCCAUGGCACACCGUGUUAUGCUUGCACUUGCUGCAGCAGUACUCGGAUUCUGCGGGAAGAUAUCGACCAACAAUGUGUUGUAAAUAGUGUAGAAGCACGUAUCCCAGAACCCUUGGAUUAAUUGCAG